GAUUUUGACUUUUUUCCCCUCACACCCUCCUUUUUUUUAAAUUAAUAUCUACACACCAUGGAGUUUAUGAGUGCUUUAGGUUCUCAAGAGGACGCUUAUCGUCCUUCUUUAUUUGAAUUGGUUGCACAGGAAAAGCUGAAAGAAUUAUUGCAGCCUGCUGUGCAAUACGCUUUAGCUAUUUAUGCUCAAAGGUAUCCCCGUCUAUUAUUACGAGUUGUAAAUAACCAUGAAGAAUUCUAUGCUGCUUUAAUGCUGCUUGUUGAACGUCAUUACUUGAAAGAGUGGGGAGGUUCAUUUGCUGAAAACUUUUACGGCUUAAAGCGAGUCUCCACUCGUCAUCUAGAUACGGUUCAGUUCAGUGCCUCAUCGCAAUCAUCGCCUGCGUUGACAAGGAGAGAAAUAAGCAUGUCGUUAUUGGUGUUGGUAGGUUUACCGUAUGUCAAAAGCAGACUUGACUUGUUGUACGGGAAAGUGUCGGGAGGAUCUGCAUCCUCUAUUCUGGGAGACAAUGAACAAGAGGAACUCGAGAACGAGGAACUGGCAAAUGGGGAUACCCCACGCAUGCGAAAACUGGCUAUCCGUUUCAUGCGUCUCUUUAAAAGACUUUAUCCAAUCUUGAAUUUUGUUUAUCAUGGUUCUAAUAUGGCUUAUAAUGUUGCUUAUUUGUUUGGGAAAACAAAAUAUUACACACCUUGGUUGCAUUUAUUAGGUUUACAAGUAAAACGAAUGAGCAUGAAUGAUUAUCGUGAUCAUUAUGAUAAGUCAGCGGGGACUGCAUCACCUUCUUUAUCCUUGUUGAAGAAUCCUCUUGGUGCUGUGACAGCUGUAUUUAGUAAACUGGUAGAGUUUUUAAAGGUCUUGUUGCCCAUGUCCAUCUUUUUCUUUAAAUUCUUGGAAUGGUGGUAUUCCUCUGAAUUCUCGAGAGGAGGAACUGGCUCAAAUGAAGAAGGAACUGUAAUUCCACCACCAGAUAAAAUCAAGCCUGAUCCACGUGGUACCAAACUACCCACCACUGCAAACACUUGUCCCUUAUGUCUUGUAAGUCCUAUUAACAAUCCAACAGCGUUACCAUCAGGUUACGUGUUCUGUUACACUUGUGCAUAUCAUUAUGUCGACGAAAACAAAAGGUGCCCGGUCACUUGGAUUAAAAUUGACGGAGGCCCUGAAGAUUUAACAAAACUUUAUGCCGAUGCCAUGUAGAUUUCCUUAAUUUUUUUUUUUUAGUAAUAAUAAUAA